AUGUGCAUGCCUGUCUUCCCGUUUCCCACCAGUGUUCUAGGACGGAUCAGACAUCCUGUAAUGAUGGAUGCAAUCAACAUCAACCGUCUCGAUAAGCAGCAGUUUCGACUCCUGACAGAGAUGUGCAUUCUUAUCGAUGAAAAUGACAAUAAAAUUGGGGUUGAUACCAAAAAGAAUUGUCACCUGAAUGCAAACAUUGACAAAGGACUAUUGCAUCGAGCUUUUAGCGUCUUCUUAUUCAACACCGAAAAUAAGCUCCUGCUACAGCAGAGAUCGGAUGCUAAAGUUACCUUCCCAGGUUACUUCACCAAUAGCUGCUGCAGUCACCCCUUGAAUACCCCGUGGGAGCUCGAGGAGAACGGUGCGUUGGGAGUGAGGCGGGCAGCGCAGAGGCGUCUGAAGGACGAGCUGGGGAUUCCCAUGGAGCAGGUUCCUCCGGAAGAAAUUAAUUAUCUAACACGAAUUCACUACAAGGCUCAAUCUGACGGCAUCUGGGGAGAACAUGAAAUCGAUUACGUUUUGUUGGUGAGGAAGAACGUGACGUUGAACCCUGACCCCAAUGAGGUGAAAAGCUAUUGCUAUGUGUCCAAAGAAGACUUGGAGAAAAUGCUGAAACAGGCGGCCAGCGGCGAAGUUCAGAUAACCCCGUGGUUCCGCUUGAUUGCGGAGGCUUUUCUCUUUAAGUGGUGGGAUAACUUGAGUCAGUUGAACCAGUUUGUUGACCAUGAGAAAAUACAUAGAAUGUGAAAACAGAGGUGAAUGACUAGUCAAGUCCUAAAACAUCUCUGUACUUAGUCAACUUGAAAUCAUUUUUUAAAAAUUUGGUUCUUCCUUAACAACUCUCAUGGGAAAUGGUGGUACUUUACGACCAGAAUGUAUGUGGAAAAGAUAACUGACUCCUUAAUUUUGUGUCACACACGCCAUACAGAUGCACUGGUGUUUGUAAAAGACAUUUAUUGUAAAAAAAGAAAACAAACGUUAACCGUCUAAACACACACACACGGGGUCCUAACAAAUUUGAAUGAGUGACACUCUUCAUUUACAAUAUGUUGAGAUAAACAUUUUCAGGACAUUGUAGGGCACUUUGCUGAUUGCCAGGUGCUUUACAUAUCAUUAAACUUUUGUCAUUUGUCCGGGUAAAUGUGCACCAGAAGCUACUUGCUUAGCUACUUCAAAGCAGUUUAAAUGAACUUUCCAUAUUGAGAUUAAGCGAGGGGGCAGGUUCAGGUAAUCAGUGGUGUACGUCCGGAUUGCUGUCAGUCUGUGCUAAGAAUUCAGGGACACACGGGCUAUUUGUAAAAUCCGACUCAGCCGUGCACCGCAACACAGCAUCUUGUCGUUGGCACUGUUGACACUCUGGCUGGCUGGUUCUUCGUUGUAGGGUUCACCUGUGCACCAGCACGUCUGACAGCAUCCCUGGGAUCUACCACUAAAUGCCAUUACCGCCCAUCCCCAUCACAGUCACAAGGAUACCAGAUGCCAAACAUCUGCUGGAAGGCAAAGUUGCCCCAGCUGAGAACCCGCUCUACAAAGUCUUGGGGGAAAAUUAACCAAGGCUAAUGUUCAUGUCGAGUGGAACUGGUGGAGUCUGUGUAUUAAUAUUUAAAUUGUAUUUUGGUUGAUGCACUUUCUGAAAUUCUUGGCCGUAGAGUUCUCAAAUUUUAAAUCUCAAGAUAGCUUCAUUUUUCUUUAAUGUUAUAAUAAUGAAAAAUAAUUUGUUUCUUACAAGCUAAAUGUGGUAUGAAUGAAUUCACUGGAAGACUGCAUUUCUUAAGUGAAAGUUUUAUAAUUUUAUGAGAUUGUUACAAGCAUUGAUUUUGCAGGAAAAAAAAUUAAAAAUUGCAUUUUAAUACUAUUGUGUAGUUUGUUACAAUUAUAAUACAGUAAUAGGUUAACAUGUCUAUCUUAAAAAUAAAUGCCUUGGAGCUUCAAAAUGCA